CCCCGGCGGCCCAGGUGUAAAAUACAACCAAGAAAAAAGCAUUUCAGCACAAAGACCCAUUCCACAGGAAACACCCACUAAAACAAUCCAUAUACCAGCUUUAGUAAAACACAGUUCAUUGGUUUUAAGUUACCCACAAGAGAAGGAAAAGAGAAGAGGAGAAGAGGAAGAAAUGGUUACAGACUCACACGGUUCAUGCUGCAGGAGAGACUAGAGGGAAGGAGAGAGAGAGAGGGAGACCACGUGGAGCCUCGUGUAUUUAUAGAGUUCAGUUUUCCCUCCCAGGCAGGAUAUCCCGUGGGUGCCUUCCAGGCCAGAAUGGCACAAAUUACUUGGGACUAGUCAGAUCCAGAGAAGUCUGAGAAACACAGAAGGGGCUUAAUCACCUAUGGUGAACAGGACAGAGACAUGACCGGUGACCAAGGCAAGCUGAUAAAAAACCUGCAAUUUAAGCAGUAAAUAUCAUUGCUUGGGACUAGAUAAAAUUGAAGAUGAAUUAGAAAUGACUACAGUGUGCCAUAGACCCGAGGGACUCGAACAGCUUGAAGCACAAACCAAUUUCACUAAAAGAGAACUUCAAGUGCUUUACAGAGGAUUUAAAAAUGAAUGUCCUAGUGGGGUUGUUAAUGAAGAAACAUUCAAACAGAUCUAUGCACAGUUUUUUCCUCAUGGAGAUGCCAGCAUGUAUGCUCAUUACCUCUUCAAUGCAUUUGACACUGCACAAAAUGGCUCAGUGAAGUUUGAGGAUUUUGUGAUGGCAUUGUCUAUUCUUCUACGUGGAACUGUUCAUGAAAAGCUAAGAUGGACAUUUAAUCUGUAUGACAUAAAUAAGGAUGGCUAUAUAAACAAGGAGGAAAUGAUGGAUAUCGUAAAGGCAAUUUAUGAUAUGAUGGGAAAGUACACAUAUCCAGUGCUCAAGGAAGAUGCACCAAGGCAGCAUGUAGAAGUGUUUUUCCAGAAAAUGGAUAAAAACAAAGAUGGAGUUGUAACUUUAGAUGAGUUUAUUGAAUCGUGUCAGGAGGACGACAAUAUCAUGCGAUCGUUACAGCUCUUUGAGAAUGUCAUGUAACCACGUAACCAGCGAUGGAGGAGUCCGAGACUUCCUGUGUAACAAAGAUCUCCUUUCUGGGUGAAAGCUUUUUACAACUGAGCCAUGUCCAGUGCGUGAGGAUUUUGUAUGACAUCUCCAGCCAAAUGGCAACUGAAUGCAACCGAUCCCACCUCUUCUCCCCAGGAGACGCCGGUGGCCCUUUGUUUCAUUUUGGAAGCAUGUGAAUAUUUUAAUAAACCCUGACAAGAGAGAACUGCUGCUCGAAGUUCAAUGAGUAAUAUAGAGCAUUGUUUGCUAGGCACAAGUCCUGCUUUUAAUCUAGCAAGCUUAAUUACCUAUGAUAGCAUAUGUCAAUAAUUAUUCGGCCAUCUAUUGCCAGUGACAGCUCAGUCUAUGCUACCAUAUGGCACAAUAUUUGAUGAAUGCCUUGCCGUUUAUCUGCUUUGACAAAAGUCACAUCUACCAGGGCAGUCUGUGAAAAAUGAACAGUCAAUGUACCUGGGACAUUGAGCAUACAGGCUAUGUAACCAGUAUCCCAUUUCUGCAGAGAUUCCACUUCUCACAUGCACUGGUGCCACCAUGCUGAGUUUGGUGGAGUUCUUCCUGAACACACGAACCAGGGGAUCUUCAUGCCAGGGUGAGCCAGAAAGGAGCAAAACAUGUUGCACAUAUAAAAAACAAACUACAGAACAAAUCCUGUUCAAUGAUGGUAAGUUCCUGAAAGACCAGGCAGGUUUGUAAGGGCUGGUACAGAAAGAUGAUUACCUGCUCCGAUCCCAGCCACCUGUUGCAGUCGCAGCAUGUAGUGGGACACCAGGUGAUUCCCCACUGUGCAUCUCAGAAGCACUGUGGGCAUGUGCUGUGGUCCUUUUGCUGUAGUUUGGCACACACUUCCUAAGUUCAUCAUUUGAAUGUUUAUAUUUUUCCAUUGGACAUGACAGUAAGUUCUUGCCCCCUUUAUGGACUUAUUUACUUAGUGAAGAACAAGGCCCAGAAGAUGCAGCUGUGUUUCCACAUACAGACCUUGGCAUCCACAAAUUGCCCUGUACAUUUGAUUGAGAGCUAAUGAGUUGUUGUUAGCCUCAGAAUCACAUGCCAAGGUUGGAUUUUGCCCAGUAGAUGAUUUGUCAGCUGGGGAACGUGUCAGAACCUUCUCUGCAGAAGCCUCUUAGGAAAGCUGACACACUAUAGUGCCAUUGCCAUCUCCAGGUAGGUAAUGGCUGAGAAACCAAGGCAAGGAGGGAACAGACAACUUUUCCAGCUGCUCAAACCACAUAGACAGGACAGUCCCUGCCAUAGUGCUGCAUUGCUCCCAUUCAGUAAGCAUAUAUUUUUAUUGUAUCAGAUGCUAUAUUACAAAUAAACUGUUAGCAGUGAAGAUAUAUUUUAAAAAUUAUGUAAGUGUAAGCUUUUUAUAAUACAGAAUAUAUAGAAUGCCUCAAUUCUGUAGCCCUAAUUUUAUAAAAAUUUUGUCUAUUGAAGCAUUCCUGAUUAUAGAAGUAGGUCUGAUCAGUCCUAGUGUAAUGAAUGAUAUGCUGAUUGCCCAAGAUGGGGCAUUUUCACAUUUUACUGUGCUCCUCCAUACACUUCAGUGUAGUCUUAAUUUUAUUUCUCUAAGCUGUCCCCUUGUCAUAAAAAGUGCUACUCGAGUGAAGUUGCAUGUCUGCAGGAAUGAUACCCUAGUCUGUCUUGUUUAUUGCCUUUCAUACAAGCACCAUUAAUUCCUUCCCAGAGCACAGCAGCUCCCAUGAGGGGCUGUAUUCGCAGGAGGGAUGUCAUGCUGUGAGAGUAGCUUGUCCUCCAGUUGUUGGGUACUGUCCAUUUAGGUUUUAUGUAACAGACACUUGAUAAAGUCAUCAGUUGUAGCUGAAACAAUACACAGCUUACAGUGUUAUUUCUUGAUUCUUCUUGCAAUCACUUUAGCAAAUGACAGAAUUAAAUAUAAUUAAUUACCUGCUUUUCCCUUCCACCAAAACAACAUCUGUCUGUUAUCAGUCUAAGCAGUUAAACUGCAAAGGAGGGAGGAGUGGUCAGGACAAUGGAAAAGAUGAAUUUGCAUCAGGCUAGCACAGUGCCUUUCUCCUCUAACAGUCUUGCUCCCAAUGGGAUAAUGAGAUGGCACAUACAGACAGAAACGUUCGGAAUGUACCCUUUUCAAAAGAAAAUGUUAUUAGUUGCAUGAUGCCAUAGCCCCUGAAGCUAAAUUAAUUUCUGGAGUUACUGUGAUGAAUUUGGCCUCAGCUGGUUCCUGUCCCCGCUGGCAGUAGUGCUGUGCAGGGCCUGCCUGUGCUGUCACCCUGUGUUGAGUGGAGCCCCAGUUUGACACCACACUCCCCACAGCUGGUGUCCCUGACAGUACCGGCUGAAGUGCAUUGCUCUGUGGGUACCAGUACUGACUCUGCAGUUCUGGCAUCUCCUUUGCUGCUGUGCCAGCUUUCCACUCCCAGGAAUGAUGAGGGUGCAUCAGGGAGAUGCUGACAGCCACACUGAGUCUGCCCUUGAGGCAUAAAGAACUUCAGUUUGGGUCUCACAGGAGUCAGACACCUCCCAGGCAUCCCUGAUGUUCAGCCCUGAGUUGAGCUCUGUGUUCCACCUGAAGCCCUAUGGUAGCUGAGACAGGAGGAUUGGCAAAGUGGCACCCAUAGUUGUAUUUUCCUGUAGCUCAGAUUGCAGAUUCUGUCUGUGGCAGAGUUCUUGCCACUGCAAAACCAAUUAUUGCCCUAUGUUUGUCCCUGAUCCCACUGCUACAGCCAGAGGCUGGGAUGCACCAGUGUGCAGAUGUGCUCCAGCCAACAGGUGACAGAGAUCCAGUGACUGUGAGAGAGUCGUGCUCUGCAUGGAAAUGGCUUUGGGUUUGUUUUUUUAUGUUUUCUCAUGAAUGUUACUCUGUAAACUUGCCAAGCCUCCCCUUGCUCAGAAAUGAGGCUUGUAAUAUUUAUGACAAAUAUGACUACAGCUUUCUAAAUAAAACACAGUAUGCUAUUCCAAUCCCUACCCUCAUCAAUCCUCCGGCCAGUACAUGGAAGGCAGUUCCUGUGCUGCUUCUCAGCUACAGUCAGACUAUGUCAGUGCUAUCAACUGUGCUCAUUUCCUCCAAGUGGUGAAUGUUUAAAUAACGUCUGAAUCAGGACUCUGACUGUGUCAUUAGUUACAAACGUUAGUCUGCAUCUUCAUGCCAGCAUUUUUUUAAAGAAAGCCUUUCUAACAUGCAUUUUAUGCAACAUGUUGAAAAAUAGGAAUGUGAUUAAUGAUAAUGAAAAAAAAAAAGAAAAAAGAAUGUACC